AUGGCGGAGGCUCGUCUCACCGCAUCACGUGGAGGCAAUCGUGCCGCUGCGACUCGUUUAAUCAACAGGAUUAAUACUAUCGUUGCAGAUGUUGCCAUAACGAGAGCCCAAAAGAUCCACGAACUUCAAGACAAAAGUCUUGAAGAAAAGAUAGCAACCAUAGCAAACAUCGACAACGCCAUUCAAGAUGAAUUAGAUCCUGAAGAUGUUCAAGCAGAGAUUGAAGCAGCCGAUACGAAUAAUCAAACUUAUCGUGACGCUAGAGCCGGCUUUACAUUUCAACUGAAAACGCUGCAAGAUGAAGAAGCUGCAGCUAACGCAAUUCUCGCUCUCGCUACAGCUCCAGUCGUUCCCGCCGCCGCUGCUGCUACACCUGGUCCUUCUGCCAGUAUGCUCCCGAAACUUGAUUUGCCCUCAUUCAAAGGCGACAUUCUUCAAUGGUCCAGCUUUUGGGACGUUUUUGAAUCCGAAGUCGAUUCCAAAAGCUAUGGCGGUGCUACAAAAUUCAACUUUCUCAUCUCUAAACUCGAAGGAGAAGCAAAGGCCUCUCUUCUUGGUCUCACCUCUUCGAAUGACAACUACACCAAGGCUAAGGAUAUCCUUCGAUUACGCUACAGCCAACCCAGGAAGGUGAUCACUGCUCACUACAAGGCGCUUAUCAACCUCCCAGUCGCGAAUGCUACUCGUUCAAGUCUACGUGCGUUCGCCGAUCAACUUGAAUCCCACAUCCGUGGUCUCGAAGCCCUUGGAACGGCCCCUGCCUUCUACGGUGAUCUUCUCGUCUGUUUCUUAAUUGAUAAACUCGCCAUUGAUGUGCGUCGUAACCUCACACGCCAUCAAGGCAAUGCAGACUGGACUCUCGACGAGUUACGGAAUGCCAUCGCGCGAGAAAUCGAGAUUAUGGGUGACACGUUUGAGCUUCCACCUCCUCGUCCUGCAUCAAAGCAAGUUCUCUUCAAUUCAUCGUAUCCUUCCCAAGCAACAAAGAAGCGCAUUUGUCCAUUUUGUUCUGGAGAGCAUUCGCCGACAAGAUGCUCCGAAUUCAAGACACCGGAAGAUCGCGCAAAAAUUGUGAAGAUAAAGAAGCUAUGUUCCAACUGUCUUCAUUCAGGACACACUAAUUUGAAAGACUGCCCUAAUCGUUUUGGGUGUCAACACUGCAAUCAGCAGCACCACACCAGUCUUCAUUUUGAAAAGAGACCGCCGGGUACUCCCCCGAAGUCUUCCUCUUCUCAUACUGGAUGUCUUCAAACCAAAGCAGUUUCAAAAGUUGUGGCAGCCAUGGUGACUGAAUCUUUACCAUUUGUUUUUCUUAAAACAGCAGUUGCCCCCGUUUGCUCACAUCUUACUUCUACAUUUGCUAAUCUACUAAUCGAUGAUGGAUCACAAAUCACCUUUAUCACAGCUAGACUAGUCAAAUUACUCCGUCUUUAUCCAAUACGACGAGUAUCGCUCCUUCUCUCCGGCUUUAAAGGAAUUUCAGCAUCCUCCAUGGAACCAAGCUACUACGACGUCGUCAAUUUCUGGCUCCAAGGGUUAAACGGCGAACGUCUCUUAAUUCAAGCUGUUGUUCUUGACUCGAUUGUUGAACCUUUAGAAGACCCUCAUCGAGCAAUUCUCUCAACUCUGCCUCAUCUACAAAAUCUUCAGUUGGCUCAUCCUACGUCAACAGAUGAUCACUUUUCCGUCGAUAUCUUGAUUGGAGCUGAUUCGUAUUGGUCCAUCGUUGGCGAUGAAAACAUUCAUGGCAACGGCCCUACAGCUGUCAACAGUUUUAUCGGAUAUCUCGUUUCUGGUCCACUUCAGGAUUACCAUCCAUCGACUCAACGAUCCUGGUUACGGCACCAAAUGUCGGGAAAUAAACGACUUUGUUUUGUCUUUGUAUUAAACAGACAAAUACAAUAG